AUGGGGUCCGAUUCUGUGAAGGACAUGGUACAGCAGCUGUUGAAAUCUUGUGGUUUGGACAACAAGAACAGCAAUGUCAAUGAGACAGUAGAAGAAAGACGAAAGAGAGAAGAUGACCAGAAAGAAGCAUGGUCUCGUGAGCUCUUCAAGGAACUCAAGCGUUUGGAUGCUCCGGCCUUAGAACAUUUGGAACAUUGUGUGGACAAGAAACAUGUCCAUCUUGCUUUAGCAGGACUCCAGGAGCCUAUCGUCCACCAGGUGCUUUCUUCUUUCUGGACAGAGCACUCAGAGCGGGCGACCAUUCCCACGGGGCUUUCGCUGCUUGGAGCACCAAGGGAAGAGCGGGACAUGCUUGGAAGGUGGAAGCCUGAUGGGUCAGACACUUAUUUGAGGAUGUACAAUGGUGUCAUUGCACGUUUACAGUUACAGUUUGCAAAGACAGCUAGGAUGAGGGACAGAUCGCAAUUGUUGGAUGAACGGGACAUUGUGGAGAGUGCGUUGUCUUGGGUAACAUCGAGAUGUGAGAGCUUGCCAAGUGAGACAGUUGACAACAUAUUGCAAUACCUGGAGGAAUCCUUAGGAUCACCGUUGUUGGCGGGCUGGACCGCAGUGGAGGAGGAACCGAUGUGGGGUCCUCCGUUUGGAGUACAGAUUCAACAAGACGCUGAAGAGGAUGCAAGAAAGGCAGAGUUUGAAUGCGAGAGAACUGAACGGAGGGUUACGACAGUGCAGAAGUUUUCAUCGUUUUUCAGAACAGAGGAUGAUCUGGUGAGCGUGUUGCGGGACUCCUUCAACACGGACUCAGGCACAGACUUGCGUUCAAGAGCGCAGGUAGCAGCUGUCAUUUGCGCUUGGAGGGAGACGCAAACGAAGCAGAAGCGACAGAUGGAGGUGGAGGCUGAGAUGGACACCCGUGAGUGGACGAAACCGAUAGCCACGGGUGAUUACAUUAGCAUGCGAAACGCCUACAUGAAGGUGCACGGCAGAUUGGAAGACAAAGUGACUCCGUCUAAGGAGUAUCUGGAGAAGAAGCUGCAGGAGUUGGAGAACGGGGAGUUCAGAGCGGAGACGAUGACAGAAGUUGUCUCCAAAGAUGAGGUCGACCCCGAUGUCCUAGUGCCCAUCUUCGACUCCAAGGGCAGUCUGUCGGUGAAAAAGGGGGCAUCGACCAUCCCGCUGCCGACUGGUCCAGAGCAGCUGCGACGGCGCCUUACAGUCAUGGUCAACGCCAUCCUCAUGCUGGCCAUCAAGCACACCAACAGAGAGGAGAUACAGGAUGUGACGCGUGACCUUUUUGAGCGUUACAAAGAUUAUGUGCUGGGGGACUAUGUAUGGGGCCUUUCUUCAACAGACCUCCAAGGCAACCAGAUCCAGUCGCCGCCUUGGACUUUGGUGCUCUCAUACGAGCAGGCGAUCAGGAAGAAGGCAUACUCGUUGAUGAUCACAGAUGGCCUCAGACUAGGGGCAGCCUUGGAGCAAGCUUGGAAGUGCCCGACGACAAAGGAGAGGCACUAUAUUACACCUUUGGCCUUAUACAGCAAGCGUUCGUACCCUCAGCAAUCCUGGGGUGACUGGAACCCAAAGGGCAAAGGCAAGGCUGGCAAAUCCUCCGGUGCAAAAGGGAAAUCGAAAGGGAAAGGAACAG